UCGAAAAUUUGGGGCAGUUUACUUCAGAACAAUUUUUUAUGCAAGAGCCUUAGAAUGACAAGUAGAGAACACAUACUGAUGUUCAGUAGCACAUAUAUCUUCAGGUCUUUGUUGAUAAGAUUACGAUGAGUAAGCAGUUAAGUUUUGUUGCAGCUGAUUACCAGAAUGAAGCUGAGGUUAGGGAGGCACUUGCUGAUGCAUUUCAAACUGGGCUUGUUAAGAGGGAGGAUCUUUUCAUAACCACUAAGCUGUGGAACUCUGACCAUGGACAUGUACUUGAAGCCUGUAAAGACAGUUUAAAGAAACUUCGCCUUGAUUAUUUGGAUCUGUACUUGGUUCAAUUUCCUGUAGCCACAAAGAAUACUGAUUUGACAUCCCAGAUGCUUGUGAGAGACUUAAUCCCCUCAGUGCCUUCUUUAGAUUCACCUGGUCAAGUACAAUUUAUGAUAGGAGAUUGUGAAGCUGCAGGUAAUGCCUUUCUCUUUAGUUAGAUAUUGCAGUACC